AUGGUUAGGGUUAGGGUUAGGGCUGGGCUGGCGGCGCCGCAUCGGGAAGGGUGGUGCGAGGCAGUCCAAGUCGGGGGUCCAGGUGGGCGAGGAGUGCCUGCAGGCGUUCCAGGACCUGAAGCACCGGAAGCACACGAGGUUUAUCAUCUUCUCGAUCAAUGCAGACAGGACGCAUAUUGUCGUCGAGAAGACAUCGGCAAGCGGCGACUACCAGGACUUUGUGGAGAGUCUGCCGGAGAGCGACUGCCGACGCAAGAAGGUGUGUGGAGCGGUGCAGCGGCCAGACGUGUGGUUGCCAUGGAGACUGUUGUCAUGGCAACAUAUAGAUGGCUGCAGGCAUGCCCAUGUGUCAGCCCAUGUGUGUCACGUGACCUAUCCAAAAGGCGGGUUGCAGAAGAUGCAGGGCUUGCAGAGCAAGCUGUGUAUACUAGUGGGUGUAUUGUGUGUAUUUGUGUAUCGCUGUGUAUUGUGUGUAUCAGAGUGGUAGGGGCUGAGGAAAAAUGGGGGAAACAGAGAAAAGGCAGAGUAGCAGAUGUUUCAUAUCCAAAACGAGUUGGACUAUGGAGCAUGAAUAAAUGA